UUCUUAUUGUCUCAGCAAGUUUAUAGUGGUACUUUAUAUUUGGUUUAUCAUAUGACUAUUAUCAAUAAACAGUGGGCCAAAGUAGUGAAGUAUUACAUGAAAAAAGGAGCAUAUGCUCAAACCAGCCUUCAACAAUCUUUUCUUGUCUCAAAAUAUCCUGAUAGAGCUAAUAUACAUCAGUUUCUGAAAGAGCUAUGA